AUGGAGGUGGAAUUAAAUCAAUUUUAUUUUGCUGAAAGGGAAGACCAUUUUUCCGGGGGAUGGAUAACAAGUUCAAAAUUCCGUACUUUGUUGGUUGCUGUGUUCAAUUUGGGGAUUCGAGUGAUGGAACUGACAUAUCAAAUUAUUUCAUUUGGAGAAGAUGAGGAUAGUGUUCUUACGGGAUGGCAUUUUUAUUGGUCAUUUUUUGUUAUUCGAGUUUUGCCAAUUAUAUUUGGAGUCAUUUUGUUAAUUGUCGUCCUAAAGGAUCACUAUGCUGGGUGCGUAAUUUGGUGUUUGGCAGAAUUGGGAAUUGUCCUGACGUAUGGUAGCAUGAUGUAUACGAUUUCUCCAGAUAAAGAAUCCUGGGACGAUAACGAUAUCGUUAAUUAUCUUUACUGCAUUCUCCGCAUCGUCAGCGUAGCAUUAGUCUACGACUUUACGGAACAUGUCAAAGGACAGAAAAUUCAACAGGAGAAAGUCGACAAGAUUUUACUCCGGAAUCAUUUUUGGUACCAACUUUCACUCCUUCACAAAGAAAAUGCAGCCUUGCUUGCAUCCGCAGAAGAAGAAAGUGUGAAAUAAAUUGACGAAUUUCGAAUUUUUUAUUGUAUAAA